UACGCAACAAGCACAGAAUGCCGAUGAUAACAGCAAUUGAUUCAAGAAUACCGCUAUACUGUAGUUGCUAUUCGAUAGUGGCAGCGAUUACUUUUACUCCACUCAUGGAAUGAUCGCCUGUCCCCUCGGCACCUACAAUGGCUACCCUCCUCGAAGAUCCCCGGAUCCGCCAGACGUGGAACAACAUCUCGCAUAAUGCUGAGACCGCGACGGAGACUGCGGCGGCUGGAAUAUGGUCAUUUGUGCACGAUUACAUCAAUCCAUGCUUUGCGUCGAUGGGAGAGAGCGUCGAACAAUGCAUGACACAAUGCUUCCCCGAUCGCGAAGAGAGGGCGAGGCGACUGCGCGAGCGCGACAGAGCUAGAGGCAGGGCAGAGUAUAGCUUCGACUUCUACGAUGAUUGGGAUGAUGAAGAAGCUGGGGCCAGUGGUGGACUUCUAGGAUGGGGGAAUGAUGAGCUUGACAGGUUGCUGGCUGGAAGCGGGUCGAAUAGCCAUGGGCCAGACGAUCAGCCGUCAGGAAGGAAGAGGAAAAUGAGUUAUGGGACCAGGCGCACUCCAAAGCGGAGAGGAACCAUUGAUGGCUUACCAGAUCCGACAAUUAUCCCGAGCACCAGUGCCCUUGGAUUCUUACAACGUCUCCCAUUCAAGUUUGGUGGGACGUUGAGAUACAAGCCAAGCGCAGCCGACUUGCAGGAUCACCCUGGCGCGCACAGGGCAGAGCUUGGAGACGAUGCUGAGGAAGAACCUCUUAUAGACGAUGACCAUAGUGACUACAGUGAUGCUGGAGAUCUAAACAUCAAAAAGACGCGGCCAAGAAGUUCUACUACCGCAUCGGGAGACACUUCAGACUCGUUUAGGUCAAGGGGUGAUCUCUUCCCUAGUGAUGGAGAAGACGAUGCCGUUCCACUGAGUGAUGAAUUUGCGACCACUCUUGGACGGCGUGGUACCGUCACCACCUUAGAGGAUCACAGCAGCGGUAAAACAAGAAACAGUAGUAAAGGAAAGAGCCGUGAGCGAUCGGCGGCAAUGUCGAGGGCACUCUCGGUAACAUCGCAUUCCUCAAACCAGUCACUCACUGCUCUGGGAUUUAAAUCGGACAAAUCGGCGGCGCAACUCUCGGAUAGGCCAAAUGAAGAGGACGGAAACGUACCGCAUCUAUCUGAGUUGCAACAGGAGGAGGAACGGCUCCGACAACAAGAAGAAGCUGAGCUACAGUCAAAACGCGAGGCUGCUCUCAAGUUGGCUUCAGAGCGAGGGCUGGGCAGUGGCGAGCUUCGUUCAGGGUUGCAGACGCCCACGCGCCAGAGUUUGCAUUCUCGCAAUUCCGAAGACUAUCUAUCACCCAAAACAGCAAACGUUGAAGAGGUCGAUACAAAGCCCAGCUCAGAAUCUGCCAUCGCCAAUGGACUCACGAAUGGCUCCUCAAACGAAGCCACAUCUGACUCUGAGGAAUCAGCAGAACCGGAUUUUGUGCCAGCGAGAUUACCUCGGUUUUAAGGAAUCAUUAUUUGCUUUUGGGCUUGGAGUAUGACUUGGAAGGGACCUACAUGGUGUAUUAGGGAACAAGGAAAGGUGUCAGGCGUUAUACGUGCAUGCGAAGUGCUCGCCAUGCUGGGUAAUUGGGAUAAAUAUAGGUGUAUAUACAUUGUUACUAGAGGAUAUCAAAUCUAGACCUUACUGUACUCAUACCUGGUUGACAUGCUAACAGUAGCAAGAACCGAUUCGCCUCAUAUGUGACACUCUUCACAACCUGCUCUGCUUACCACCG